AUGAGAAGUUCGAACAUCACAUUCUUCUUGCUAAGUAUUGUGGCAACAGUCAGAAGCCAUGCAACUUUCCAGGAACUUUGGAUAAAUGGUGUUGAUCAAGUCGGAACCUGUGUUCGCUUGCCCCCUACCAAUAGUCCUGUCACCGAUCUGACAUCAACUGAUUUGCGAUGCAACGUCGGAGGUACAGUUGGAGUAUCUGGGGUCUGUUCAGUGGCAGCUGGAGGGAAUGUAACCGUAGAAAUGCAUCAACAACCAGGAGAUCGAGCAUGUGCCAAUGAAGCCAUCGGAGGCGCUCAUUAUGGACCGGUCAUUCUGUACAUGUCCAAGGUCUCAAAUGCGGCGAACAAUACUGGCUCUGGUUCAUGGUUUAAAGUAGACCAAGAGGGAUACGAUGUGUCUCGUCAGUGGUGGGGUUCGCAAACCCUAAACGCCAACUGUGGAAAACGAUCUUUCAUCAUUCCAUCAACACUAGCACCUGGUGACUACUUGCUGCGCGCAGAAGUCAUCGCUUUGCAUGUAGCAAGUUCUGUAGGAGGCGCUCAACUCUACUUGUCUUACUUUCAACUCCGUGUAACUAGGUCUGGCACAAAGAACCCCACUGGAGUAUUAUUCCCAGGGGCAUACUCGGCCACUGACCCGGGGAUUCUGAUCAAUAUCUACCAAACCAUAAACAAUUACACCAUACCCGGACCAACUACAGUCUUUACUAGCUAG